CUGCGUGAAAUUUCACUCUGAGAAAUUUGGAGAGUACACACACGGAAAAUGUUUUGUUGAAUUUAUCUGACAAUGAACAAAUUAAACAUGUUUUUCUGAAAGAAAACAGAAUCCUAUACUGUAAAAACCGAAUUUGAUUUACAGGAACAGGAAAAAUUCUCUCUUUUCUUUUUCAACUAAAACGCAUUUGGCUUGUUCAUUCAACCGAGUAAAUUCAAUUAAACUUUUUCUACCGUACAGAUUUAAAUUCAGAUGGUGUGAUUUCUCGAGUCGCGAUUGCAAAUAUAACUUGACACAUAUCGUAUAAUUCAACUCAGGAAAGUUCAAAUCUACCAGCAAAUUCGAAUCCGAAUAUCUCACUUGUGACAAGUCUCUAAUAAUCACUGUUGAUACGGGCUUGAGGCGUACUUUAGAUAUUUAUGCUGUCCGGAAAGGACCAGCUGAAGAAAUCGCUGCGACAAGUCGAUUUAUCGAAGUAACAUGAUUCCCGAAAAGGAUACGCUCCGUAACAGGAAGGAACACGCUGUUCGUACACUGGCUGGUGUGGGACAAGAGUUACUCGGGUCACUUCCUCAAGGACCUUCUGACCGCCCUCUUCGAUAUCACCAGCUAUUGCCAGCACGUGAUCCUCGUGAUACCUCCUCGGGUUACGCCAGCGGACGUGUUCAAACGAGAGAUGACCAAGAUCCCGGCUAAGUGCGCCCGACAUGCCAAGGAGGCGCAAUAUUUGUACCUGAGCGACCGCAGUCGGCUCCUUCCAAAGUUAAAGAUACGGAAAAUUGUGUGAGAAUCAGAUCGAAUUUCCGCCUCGAGCCUUAAUCGCCAGUCGAUUCGGCAGUCCUUCAACCUUUACUUCUCGCACACGGAAGAAAUGAUUCCCUCAGUGUGACUGAACUUUCCGUUGGGACCAGACCAAAGCUCGGUUUCGCGGGAACAGAAAGAUUCCUAUAGGAAGUUUCGGUUAAUUAAUAAAACAGCUCUCAGCUGUCUCUACGGGUUUUGAGGGAAGCGGGAAGGCUUGAACUUGUGAGAAGCCGAUGAAAUUUUACUUGUUGCUACGGAUAUCUACAGGAAUUAAUUGAAUGCGAAAUCCUUUUCUGAGCUAUUUUUACUGUGUGUUAACGGUAAAAUUAUAUUUAACAUUAAAAAAUAUUUACAUACAGAACUGCUGGAAACCAAAUGUUCUCAGUCGUGGUGAUAGAAACAUUUUCUUCCUAUUGACUCUUCAUCUCUUGUCACUGAGUUUUCAUCCGGUACCCGUUCGGCCGGAGGAACUGAUUUUUUUUUGCACAAAACCUGCGUGGAUUUUGUACAACGCUUUUAUUGGAGAUAAUAACGGAUGCAGAGAAGAGGAUAACGACGAUGUGGUGCCGAUUAUCGACGGCGAGACGACGCGGCUGAAAGAACUCUACGGGGAGUACUACAUCAGCGAGAUGAUUCGUUACCCGGACGGCUGUCGGCAGCUGAUUAUCGGCGAGGACGUCGACGGCUCGGCAGCGGGCGUGAUGUGCCUCAGCUCCACGAUCGAUAUCGAUCUGCUGAAUGAGAACUUCGAGUUAACGGCGUACCACGGUUUCCGGAAAGCUCGCGAGGAUGACGAAGAACCGACCUACGUUGCCGAGUCCAACGAACUUCCGCAAGCCGUAUUUUCUCAAAUGUCGCGCGAGCGAUCCCCACUGAGAGAAAAAUAUCUGGUAUUUGCAAUUAUAAUCAUCAUAGGCUGAUAUUUAUAGGCUGGCCUUCGUAGAUUUUAUGUUUAACAACGGAUAUUUAGACGGAUUUUGUAUUUAAGGCCGUCUUAAAUUCAUCUUCAGGUGUUCCGUAGCUAAUGAAGUGUGUCGUACAGAAUCUGCCUGCACAGCACACUUUAUCUGAGGAGCGUCCCGUAGAUAUUAUUUUGGGAUAUCGCGAUAACCGAACAGGAUAAAGGUCGACAAUGGCAACGAUUUAGAUAUAUAUUAUGAUUCGCAAAUAGCAUCUUCUUAUGUUAUCGAUUUCUUCAAAUGAUAGCGAUGUUCUUGGAUCGGUAUCUUGGUGUAACAGUAACGUCAUUAACUUAAUUUUUAGUAACGUUACUGAAUUUUAAAGUUAAC